ACUGGUAAUCUUUGUGGACAUUUGGACCUUUGUUGUGGACUUGAAUUGGGCUACUCUUAUCGCCGGUUACGCCAGUUACGUAGCAUCCUCCAGAUCGAGCACCAUGUCGUUCCGCCCACUGGUCGAGGGUGACUGUGGCGGCGUGAAUCCGCUGAUGCAACUUGGCGGCCAAUUUACCCGCGAUGUGGCCCACAAGGAUGAGGGUUUCGCGCAACGGCAGUUUGAGCGGGGUACACGUCCCGAGGACCAGUUGAUUAACGAGUUUCUAGGUCAGGUGGCCGCUCCGCCGCAGUCCUUUCAAAUGGAUACUCUGCUUCAGGAGAUGCGGGACAUAAACAUUCAUGCGGGUAAACCACAACAGCAGAUGCACAUUCAGCAAGCGGAUCAGUGGGGUCAGGACUUUGCUCGAGGUCUGGCACCUGCCCUACCCAACAAGAUGAUCCACAUGCAGGCGCAGCAACAGGACCUGCAGCACGCCCAGGAGUUCUUCGACGAGCCCCUUAUCAGCAGCCAAAAUUUCCGGCCGUUACCGCGGCAACCCUUAAUGGCCAUUACGUCCGGAAAUCAGCAGGACCCUUUCUUCGACUCGGCCAUGGAGGCCAUCUCCACAGAUAACCUCCCACAGGCGCCGCAGGGUGAGUCGCUGGACGAUUGGAUCAGCGACUACCAACGAAGUGCCGAGCAGAAAGAGCAGACAGCCUCUAACUUCAACGAAAAGUUUUGGCAGCGCCUGCAGGACGAGUGGCAGAAGCUCGCCGAUGAGAAUGAGCAUCCGUGGCUGUCGGAGUACAACGACAAUAUGGAUGCCUACAAGGAGUACGAGUUUGCCGAAGAGAACCCCAUGUCCGAGCUGGAAAACGCAUUCGAGAAGGGUAAGGAGUAUCUGGCGAAGGGCGAUAUACCCAGUGCAGUCCUCUGUUUCGAGGUGGCUGCUAAGAAACAGCCGGAGCGCGCAGAAGUCUGGCAAUUGCUGGGCACUUCGCAGGCCGAAAACGAAAUGGAUCCCCAGGGCAUAGCGGCUCUUAAACGGGCUUAUGAGCUGCAGCCGGACAACCAGCAGGUCCUGAUGGCACUUGCAGUCUGUUACACCAAUGAGGGCUUACAGAACAACGCCGUACGUAUGUUGUCCAGCUGGCUGGCAGUGCAUCCCAGAUACAAGCACCUGGCCGACUCUUAUCCGGAACUCCAGAUCGAGGGCACUUCGCUGGCCUCAUCUCUGAUUGGUCCUAGUAAACUGCGUGAUCUGCAACAGAUCUACUUAGAGGCGGUGCGGGAGAACCCAGCGGAGGUGGAUGCCGACGUUCAGGAGGCCCUUGGCGUACUCUACAAUCUCUCCGGCGAGUUUGACAAGGCGGUAGACUGCUAUCAGUCGGCCCUGCAGGUUAAUCCGCAGAAUGCUAAGACAUGGAACCGUUUGGGCGCCAGCUUAGCAAAUGGUUCGCGCUCUGUGGAGGCUGUGGAAGCCUACCAGCAGGCGCUUCAGCUCCAACCGGGAUUUAUCCGGGUACGCUAUAACGUAGGCGUCUGUUGUAUGAACCUGAAGGCCUACAAGGAAGCUGUGGAGCAUCUGCUGACUGCACUAACAAUGCAGGCUCACACUACAGCUGUCCGGGACUUGCCGAAUGCGGCUAUGGCGGCCACAAGUAGUGGCCAGAAUCAGAUGUCCGAGUCUAUUUGGAGUACCGUCAAAAUGGUCAUUUCGCUGAUGGGUCGCAGCGAUCUCCAGGGCCAUGUCAGCGAUCGCAAUUUGGCGGCCCUUAACGAAGCCUUCAAGGAUUAACUAAACUGUAUAUGUUUACUUUUGUAUUAUAAGCAAUUAAAUACUUCUGUGGUAUCUAA